AAUCCUUUCCUUUCCUCCCCCAACCCAAUCAAUCGAGAGGGAGGACGAGCAGCAGAAAGAAAGCGAGCGAGCCAUCAGAUUGGACGGCCACGUCCCCCCUGUCUCCUCUCACCAAUCCCGCCCUUCCACCACCACCCCCCGUCCCUGCCCUGCAAGCUGCAGCCACCUGCCAGAGAGAGGGAACGGAGAGAUCUGAUUGCUUCCCCGCCCCCGGGCUUAUCUCCUCGCUCCCCCCAUCUAGCUUUCCAAUCCGCCACUGUCACCAUAUCUUCCGCCCCCGAUUCUCUUGGGCGAGGAGGGGGCGGGCGGGGGGGCUAGCUAGCUGCCUGGGCCGCCUAUCCCUUCGCUCGCUGCUGUUGUUCUUCGGUGCCCUCGCCCACGGAUUCGGCGCAGGUUCUCGGGAGAUUCGGCGGCAUGUGUCGUGGUCGCUAGCAGCGACCCGUCGGGGCUUGAGCUCACCUCGUUUGCUCCCCGAUUUGUUUCACCCGCCCAGCCGGAGCAUGGAUUCCUGAUUCUGAUCGUGCCGGAGCUCGUUGCUUCCUUCCUUCCUUCCUUCCUUGCUUUGGGAGUAGCUGCCCGCGUCCGGCGAGGGCUAGGGAAUGGCGUCCAGGGACUUCCUGGGCGCAUUCGGCGGCGGCGGCGUCCGAGGCGGGGGCGAGGGGGCGCGGCCACAGGCAGAGGACGCGGCGGCGGGCGGCGCGGCUGGCGGCGAGUCGGACGACGUCGAGCUCAGCCUCGGGCUCUCCCUCGGCGGCCGCUUCGGCACCGAGGCCAAGCGCCAGCGCCUCGCGCGGUCCUCCUCCAUCGCCUCCGUCUGCUCCGUCUCCUCCCUCGACGGGGACGACGCCGACCCGUCCCCGGCCGCGCCGCUCCCGCUGCUGCGCACCAGCUCGCUGCCCACCGAGACCGAGGAGGAGCGCUGGCGCCGCCGCGAGAUGCAGAGCAGGCGCCGCCUCGAGGCGCGGCGGAAGCGCGUCGAGCGCAGGAACUCCAUGGGCGGCGCCCCGCCCUCGGCGCCGCCCAAGCCAGGCGGCGAGGCGACCGCGACCGCUGCCGCCAACGGCGUGCAACUCAGGAGGUCCGUCGGCUCGCAGGGGAGCAACUCUGUCAACACGGCGGAGCAAGGUAUUGGUGGAAGCGCAGUUUGCCAGUCCACUGACUCAAAGAGUCCAUCAACCUCUGAUAAUACAAAUCAAAAUAAUAUGCUUCCUCCAACCAAAGCAACUGAGAAGCCACAAAAUGGCACUUCGACAGAGCAGCCUCGGCUGCGGACGCUUGGGUCCCUGACAACGAGAACGAGCAGCUGCAGUGAUAUCAGGAAGAUUAUGAUGGAGGACAUGCCAAUGGUCUCAUCCAAGGUGGAAGGUCCUAAUGCCAGGAGGAUCGACGGCUUCCUGUACAGGUACAAGAAAGGUGAGGACGUGAGGAUAGUCUGCGUCUGCCAUGGUAGCUUCCUCACUCCGGCAGAGUUUGUGAAGCACGCAGGCGGCGGAGAUGUGUCGAACCCGCUUAGGCAUAUCGUUGUCAACCCCUCGCCGUUCUCCUGAAGACUGAAGAGAGGGUUACCCUGUUGUUGGUACCUAUUGUGCUGUAACAUGUAGGCUUCCUGUUUCAGAGUCAAACGGAAAGUCUCUGUAUUUUGCAUAAAUUGAGAGAAUGACAGCAAAUUCAAGAGAAACAUCAGGUGCAAAAGUUAGGGUUGUUUACAAAAUUACAAUGAUUUAGCUUCUGCCCGCUGGUAUAGGACACAAGCCUUCUGAAAUUGCUGGAGCACAAUCACCAGGAACUAUCCUUUAAUAUUAAUUUGCCUGAAUUUACUCGUGAA